AUACAUUUCAUUUGAAUAAAAACCGAUUGUCGGAACUUGACGUUAACGUGGUCUGGCAUAGAGCGAAGUCUAUCCUGCGGACUAGACUCUGCAGCGUCAUGUUGUUAUUGUAUCCCUCCUCCGCAGUCGCACUAGGAAAACAGCUGUGGCGUGCUAAAAAGCUAGUUAGCAUCGUUUUGUUUUUGUCGUGUGUGACAGCGAUUUGAAGCAGUUCCGUGAGCAGAUUGCUACCCAACCAACCUCAGAGUGACUGACGUGUUGUCUGUCAUCUCUUUUUCAAAGAUGAAGUUCCAGUACAAAGAAGAGCACCCUUUUGAGAAAAGGCGGUCCGAAGGCGAGAAAAUAAGGAAGAAGUAUCCGGACAGGGUGCCUGUAAUUGUGGAGAAAGCCCCCAAAGCCAGAAUAGGAGAUCUGGACAAGAAGAAAUAUCUUGUCCCCUCCGACCUGACAGUGGGCCAGUUUUACUUCCUCAUCCGGAAAAGAAUCCACUUGCGAGCGGAGGACGCCCUCUUCUUCUUUGUAAACAACGUCAUUCCACCCACCUCAGCAACCAUGGGACUGUUGUACCAGGAGCACCAUGAAGAGGACUUUUUCCUCUACAUUGCCUACAGUGAUGAGAGCGUGUACGGGAGCAGCCAAAGGGAAAUCUGAUCCCGCUACCGUCCCCCAUCCCACCAACCACUACCCACCUUUCUGAGACCUCCACCGUUCAUUCAUUUAAAUAUUAAAUCCAGCUGAGCAGCCUAGAGUUCUCAGAGUGAAUAUGUCAAAUGCGCUUUCACCACCUCUACAUUACCCCUCUCCCCCUCCCUCUACGUCUUUAUUAUUCUGCAGUCUGAAUUGUAUUUGCCUCCACUUAUUAUUUUCGGUAGCGACACGGUGGUCUCGUGGCCAGUUAUUUUUCUAGUGUCGUAUUUAUACAUCAUACUUUACUGAAAAAAAACUGAGAACCAAUAACAAAAAAUGUUAGAACUAUAGGCCGUGAAUAUAGUCGCCCCGGGGUUAAGGGAAGAAAGGCAUGUGUAGCAUGUGAGUUCAAAUCAGCUCUAAUUGACAAUGAAGAUAGAUUAUUGUUUGGUCACGCUGUCGGCGUGUAGGGGUAUAAAGUGUGCUUUGAGUUUAUGAAAUCGAUAGCGUCGACCAGUUGAAGGCAGGUUAUUUUAAGGAUAACUGUUUUGCAGCAGUUCUUUUCCUGGAAAAACAAAACUGAAGUGACAGGUGAUAUUUUUACAAAAUAUCACCUGUCACUGAAGUAUGUAAAUGAGAAUUGUGUGUGUAUAAGGAGUAUAAUAUAAUUCAGACUAACUAUCAUCCUCUGCUUUCAGUGGUGAGACUAUUCUGUUGACUGCUACUAUGAUUGUUGUUGUUGUCAUUUUAGAUUGCUUAUUUUCUAAAAGGUAUUGUAAAGCUGAGUGAAAUUUUCUCUUUUUUUUUUUUUUUUUUUUAAGUUUGUCUCCUUUAAAAGAUUUGAACUCUGUAUACAGCUGCAUUACUGGCUCUUUCUCUCCACUUAAGACCAUACAUGAUAAAAUGUGAUUAAAA